AUGUCUCUGACUGUUUCUCUGCUGGUUCUGCUCUUCAUCUCUGGAGUUGUUGCUCAGGAUGGGUGGGGUGUGGAUUACAAAGAUCAGUAUAUCUGUGCUCUAAAGGGGUCUACAGUGACCAUGCGCUGCACUUACACAUAUCCAAGUGGUCCCGUUGUCCAAAAAGCUUUCUGGACCAAACAGUGGGGUCAAGAUCUCCAGGUGGAGGUUCCUGAGAGAGUGAUAGAGGGAGAUGAAGUCACUCUCACAUGUAAAACCACCUGCAGUCUGACAGUCAGACCAACAUUCACCUGGUACAGAAAGGGACAUCCUUUAUCCUCCAGGACUGACCAGCUCCACCUGCAGCCGGUCAGCAGGGAGGAUGCAGACAGGUAUCGCUGUGCUGUACUGGGUCUUCGCUCUCCUGAGGUCACUCUUAAUGUGAGAUAUCUCCAGGUGGAGGUUCCUGAGAGAGUGAUAGAGGGAGAUGAAGUCACUCUCACAUGUAAAACCAGCUUCAGUCUGUCUUACAGACCAACAUUCACCUGGUACAGAAAUGGACAUUAUUUAUCCUCCAGGACUGACCAGCUCCACCUGCAGCCGGUCAGCAGUGAUAAUAAGGACAGGUAUCGCUGUGCUGUACUGGGUCUUCGCUCUCCUGAGGUCACUCUUAAUGUGAGAUAUGGUCCAAAGAGCAUCUCAGUGUCCAUCAGUCCCUCUGGUGAAAUAGUGGAGGGCAGUUCAGUGACUCUGACCUGCAGCAGUGAUGGAAACCCACCUGUGGAAUAUAACUGGAUUAAAGGAACAUCAUCAGUAGGAAAAGGAAAAACUUACACAAUGAAGAAGAUCAGCUCUGUGGACAGUGGAGAAUACAAGUGCAGGUCCAGUAAUGAACAUGGAGAGAAACUCUCUGAAGCUCUAACUCUGAAUGUUUUGUAUGGUCCAAAGAGCGUCUCAGUGUCUGUCAGUCCCUCUGGUGAAAUAGUGGAGGGCAGGUCAGUGAAUCUGACCUGUAGCAGUGAUGCAAACCCACCUGUGCAGAACUACACCUGGAUUAAAGGAACAUCAUCAGUAGGAAAAGGAGAGACUUACACAAUGAAGAAGAUCAGCUCUGUGGACAGUGGAGAAUACAAGUGCAGGUCCAGUAAUGAACAUGGAGAGAAACUCUCUGAAGCUCUAACUCUGAAUGUUUUGUAUCCUCCAAAGAGCGUCUCAGUGUCCAUCAGUCCCUCUAGUGAAACAGCAGAGGGCAGUUCAGUGAAUCUGACCUGCAGCAGUGAUGCAAACCCACCUGUGCAGAACUACACCUGGUUUAAAGAAGGUGGAAGCUCACCUGUAGGAUCUGGACACAGUUACAUGGCUCCACAGAGAGGAUCCUACUACUGUGAGGCUCAGAAUGAACACGGAUCUCAGAAAUCAGCUGCAGUGACUGUAAAAGGGGUCUGGAAUUCAGCUCUAUAUGCAGUUAUUGGAGUCACAGCUGGAUGUGGAUGUUUAUCUCUUAUCAUUGCUGUAUUUUGUGUAAGGAGAAAGAGAAGAGACAAUUCAGCUGAUGAUGCAGACCAGACACAGGAAAAUCUCUACAGUAAUGUGGCCGUAAGACCUGCAACCAGUGACGCAGCACCUGAUCCAGAUCCGUCCAAUCAGGACGAUGUUCAUUAUGCCAGUGUUGGACCCCGUAAACCCAGAAACCCCAGGAAUGCCGAGAGCUCUGCAGGGACAGCUUCUGCCUUUGGGGCUGAUGAGGAGGUUCAGUACGCCAGCGUCCAGCACCGCAGUGAUAAAGUAGUACAGAAGACUGAAGUGGACGCUCAGUAUGCGAGUGUGAGGUUUAGUCGCACUGGUGCUGCCAACAGGGCUGCUAGAUCCACACUUGAGGACCCCUCAGUGAUCUACUGCAGUGUGAAAUAACCAGCGUUCACAGGACCACCGUUUUGACCCAUGGACAGAACUUCAUCUGCUUGUAUUUGAAUCCUGCUGGAAAGAGAAGAUAAGCCCUCUGUUGCAUGAAGACCUCCUUUUCAGUACGACCAUUCUGUGGAUUAGUCCUUCUGAUAGUCACAGGAUGCUACUGGACUGACUUUCACCUUUUCAAAAGGUACCAUUUUCAAGAUUUCAGAUUAGAAAUACUGUAAAUACUUUAAGCGACAAGACUGAACCACUUAUUAGAUAUAAAACUCAAAGUAAUCGACCUCAAGCAAGAUCA